CCCGUCUGUUGGCCCCCCGAAGCGCCCACCGAAGUUCGGUGCGGGUUGCUCGGCAUAGUAGUGGGGUCUAGGCGGGCGCUUCGGGGUGCGGUGCACCAAAGCUAAUUCACCUUCGAUGAUUCCUAGUCUAUGGUUUAGAUGGUGUAUAAAUAUCCAUCUCAACACUAACAUGGAUGCCCCCAAACUUGACUUACUUCCGCUCAAGAAGCGUGAUAGAACCAACGAGAACUUUGAAAAAGUCAGAGAGAACAUUAUGCGACGAUGCAAUGAAAUAAGCCAUCGCUACCAAACGGACGUCUACAUAACAUUACGAAGGAAACAUAAACAUUAUGAAUAUAGCUCUACUGAUGACCCGUCGUGGCCGAUAUCGAGAGCUGAUAUGGAAAGGGUCUAUCCCGUGCCUCUGAGGAAGACGCCAGCCAAUUUCGUCCGUCACAGAAGCCGCGCAACAAAGGCGCAUCUACAUAUCGUGAAAUCUACGUCCGGGGUUGAAAAACUGAAGGUAUGCGCAGGCGAGGACUCUACGCCAAGCGGUUUUGUCGGUGUAAAUACAGGGGUGAUAGGUCUACAAGGAGCAGCCGUGAAUGAGUCACUACCACUCGCUUAACCUAAACUUGAUUUGGGGGAUGACCUUUGGGGGAUGACCUUUGGGGGAUGACCUUUGGGGGAUGACCUUUGGGGGAUGCC